CUUUUUUUCUGGGAAAACAAUGAACCAUAUACCACCAACGGAACACGGGAACGGCGGAAGCAAACAACUAGAAAUUCCCCAGCCCGGUUCCUUUUCGUGCGGUUUGAUCUCGUCGGAGGCCCGGCCGCAGUUCCGCCAUCAGCCAUCGAAUUCGAUGGCGGCCAACUUCGGGAACAAGAUCCGCAACGCCAAGCUGGUUCUUCUUGGAGAUGUAGGCGCUGGCAAAUCUAGCUUGGUUCUUCGGUUUGUCAAGGGACAGUUUGUUGAAUUCCAGGAAUCAACAAUCGGAGCAGCUUUCUUUUCCCAGACCUUAGCGGUAAAUGAUGAGACUGUUAAGUUUGAAAUCUGGGAUACUGCUGGGCAGGAGAGGUAUCAUAGCUUGGCCCCCAUGUAUUAUAGGGGUGCAGCCGCCGCCAUUGUUGUCUAUGACAUCACAAAUCCGGCCUCCUUCACCCGUGCCAAGAAAUGGGUUCAAGAACUUCAAGCUCAAGGAAAUCCGAAUACAAUAGUGGCUCUUGCUGGUAACAAGGUUGAUAUGCUAGAUGCGAGGCACGUGGCAGUAGAGGAAGCAAAGACGUAUGCCCAGGAGAACGGUCUCUUCUUCAUGGAGACAUCUGCUAAAACUGCAAUCAAUGUGAAUGACAUAUUUUAUGAGAUUGCAAAGAGAUUGCUUCAAGGGCAAGAGGCUCCAAGUCCACAGGCUGGAAUUGUUCUGAAUCAGAGACCAGAUGAGAGGAUGGUCAGCACUUCCUCGUGCUGCUCAUGAAGCUGUGUUUCAACCUCAUACAUAGUUCCGUUAUGAAAUGUAUCAGAGGAGAUUAAGCAAAAUAUCCCAUGUGGUGUCGGUGUCGUCCAGGCUGAUGUUGUCCCCUUCUCCUGCUGCUCGUUUCUUUUCACAUGUUUGUGAUGUAAAUGCCCAUACUAGAAUGUCACCAAAGUGUUGAUUAUGCUCUUAUCAUUUGAUUACGCCCCUCUCAAAUUUGCGUAAAUACAAGGUGUAAUUUUUUAAGUCUUUAACUGGGUUACUCCUACUGACUUGGUAGAGCAUGGUAAAUUCAGCUACAGUAUCAUUGCUGCAGGAACCAAGAAAGGAAAGGUGCCCUGUUAAUAAUGUUUCCUUUCUAAAUGUCGCUUUGCCAGUUUCCAAAUUUCCUGACAUGGAACAGUAAUUGUAAUUUUGAGGAGUAU